UCGAAUCGAACGUUCAUACACGCAGAGAAUGCUCGAGCGACCAAUCAGCGCGCCCCAGAACCGUGGACUUGAGCGUUGAGACACCUCCAGCUUCCCCGCUGCCCACUCCCCUUCUCUCCACAUGCUCCUCCCCGGGAUGCUGUUGUUUGUGGUGUGUUAGCCUGCCGAGGAGCUACGCGAGGGGUGGGGGGGAUAUCAACAUUACCCUCGUUCGGGCGGAUUGAAGAGCGAGAAGAAGCCGAGGGGUCGACUUGGCUCGAACCCAUCGGGGGUGCCAGCCGGAAGCGUCAGAUCCCGAGAAGGCAGCAGCGGGUGUUUCGGGGUGGAAGAGGAGCAGGAUCCUUUGUGGAUUUUUUCUCCCUCCCCCAAACACACACACACACACACACGGAUACCGCCUCCGCGACAGCGAGCGAGCGCGUCUGGCUCUCCUCCUCUUCCCUUGUUGUGGUUUCGUUUCGCUCGCCAUGUCGGUGAAUAUGGAGGAGCUCCGGCAUCAGGUCAUGAUCAACCAGUUCGUGCUGGCUGCGGGCUGUGCGGCGGAUCAAGCGAAGCAGCUGCUGCAGGCGGCCCACUGGCAAUUCGAGACUGCUUUGAGUGCUUUUUUUCAAGAAACCAACAUUCCCAGCACCCACCACCACCAUCAAAUGAUGUGCACACCCAGCAAUACCCCAGCCACCCCGCCUAACUUCCCAGAUGCUCUUGCUAUGUUUUCCAAGCUGCGGACUUCAGAGAACCUCCAGAGCAGCAACAGCCCCAUCACGUCUAUGGCCUGUUCUCCUCCGGGUAGCUUUAGUCCUUUCUGGGCUUCUUCGCCUCCAAACCAUCAACCAGCCUGGAUCCCUCCUUCGUCACCCACUAGUCACAACCUCCACCAUCACCUCCACCAUCAGCAGCCUAUGUGGCCUCCUGUUUCUCAGCAAGGGCCCCCCCAGCAGAAAGCAAUGACGGCAAUGGAUGGCCAGAGAUAAGACUUAAUAUUUUAGAAUGGGGGAGAAGUUGGGGUGGGUGGGAAGGAAUGAUGAUAUUGCAGAUCCGGAGGGGCACCAGGGAAGGGUGGGGGUAUUUUCCUGAAGAUCGCACUGGAAUAUUUUAUAGUUGUGGGGAUUUUUUUCCAUUUUGUUUCCUUUUUUAAAAAACUGUUGGGAUGUCAUCACCAUCCCCCCCCCGUGGUCCUCUUUUUUUCCCCUUCCCCCACCCCUUCAGGAGAGUUAAUAACUAGUCUUCUCUUUUUUAAAAGAAAAAUAUAUAUAUAACUAUAAUAUAUAAAUAUAUAAAUAUAUCUAAUGUAUAUACAUCACGAAUGAAAGCAACAGAAUUGCUGAGAUCCAGGUGGGAUUCUAAGAACACUGUUUGGAAAGAGCAGUGGCUGAGAUAGAUUUGUGCAGGGUGGUAUGUGUGUGGAGGGGGCAGGGCUCAAGUGGAUUCUCUUCCCCCCCCCCCCUCGCCCCCCACCUUCUUUGGCCUCCUGAGUUUUUGUUUUUUGUUUUUUUUUUAACUUUUGGCUCCCAGUUGUGGGGAGAUUGCCUGUAGCAAAUGAGAUCGUUGAGGGACCUUUGGAAGCCUCUUGCUGAAGGAAACCACACGCCUCAAAUCGUGGCUGCCUUUGUUACAAAUGAAGGCCAGGAGUAAUGUGGGGAGAAAUACCUGGUGAAGCAGAGGUACUUCAAAGAGCCUACUGAGCAGGGCCAUAACCUGCUGAAGGAACCCAGCCCCCACGCCACAUCCUGACUGGGGACAACAGAUCUUUUCUAUGAGGGUCUUGUGUGGGGUGUGCUUUCUAGAACUUUCCUGUAGCCCACAGGAGCCUGACAAGAAGUAAUGGAAUAUGAUAGAAAUUCUCUGCUAUAAGGCAUACUGUUGGGGCUCCCCUCUUUGAGCAGCAUGUGGAGUUCUGGACAUGGUGAUGUACAUGCAAAGAAAUGCAAGCGCAUAGCUCUGCCUCCUUGGACGGGGGUCAUUGCAGGCAUGCACAUGCACUCUAAAUAAAUCAUUUUGACAGCAAACUCCUCCUGCCUCUGCGUGGGCAGAUCAAUAACAGGAACACAAGACGGGUUGUUUGGGGUGCUCUUGUGUUGGGUUUAAACUCUCUUCCCCAGUUCUGGCCUGUUGAAACUUUUUUGAUGGCUGCAGCAGGCGUGCCUCGAAUAGCUUAAAUUAGCCACAUUUUGUACUUUACCAUGGAAUUACGUCUCUUCCUCCUCUCUUGCCCUCCUUUUUGUUUAUGGGAAUGUUUGUCCCUCUUCAACUCAAGUUGUUUCCCUUUAAAAAGGACAGUGUUUAAGCAUAUAUGGAGGCUAAGCUGGAAGGGAGGUCAUUUAAAUUUUAAUAUGAUACAUUAAAUACACAUCAGCCUCCUCAGCGGUUGGAUCUUUUGAGCGAGGAAUCCCGAUGCUCCCUUACAUCCAAUGGAAGAGCUGUGGCUUGACUUUUUUUUUUAAGAUUUUAAAAUCAGAAUCUUGCUUAAACAGGUUGAAGGUUUUUUUAUUAAUUUAAAAAUUAAAAAUCACUUUUUUAAAAA